CGUCACGGAGCGGAAGCGGCGGCCGGGGCUGCGGGGCAUAGAGUUUGUCGGCUAGAGGGGCCCCCCCCCCCCUCUCGGAGGGCGGCUGCGGCCUGCACCGGCGGCCGCAGGUGACGGAGCGGCGCCCCCGGACGAGCUCGAGGCCCCCCGGCGGCCCGGACAUGAGCGCCGAGCUGAAGGUCACGGGGCAGAACCAGGAGCAGUUCCUGCUGCUGGCCAAGUCGGCCCGGGGCGCCGCCCUGGCCACCCUCAUCCACCAGGUGCUGGAGGCCCCCGGGGUCUACGUCUUCGGGGAGCUGCUGGACAUGCCCAACGUCCGGGAGCUGGCCGAGAGCGACUUUGCCUCCACGUUCCGGCUGCUCACCGUGUUUGCGUAUGGGACGUAUUCAGACUACCUGGCGGAAGCCCGGAACCUGCCCCCCCUCACAGAAGCGCAGAAGAACAAACUGAGGCACCUUUCAGUUGUCACGCUGGCCGCCAAAGUCAAGUGCAUCCCGUACGCCGUGCUGCUGGAGGCGCUGGCACUGCACAACGUGCGGCAGCUGGAGGACCUGGUGAUCGAGGCCGUGUACGCCGACGUCCUCCGCGGCUCCCUGGACCAGCGCAACCAGCGGCUCGAGGUCGACUACAGCAUCGGGCGCGACAUCCAGCGCCAGGACCUCAGCGCCAUCGCCCGCACCCUGCAGGAGUGGUGUGUGGGCUGCGAGGUGGUGCUGGCCGGCAUCGAGGAGCAGGUCAGCCGGGCCAACCAGCACAAGGAGCAGCAGCUCGGCCUCAAGCAGCAGAUUGAGAGCGAGGUGGCAAACCUGAAGAAAACCAUCAAGGUGACCACGGCGGCGGCGGCCGCGGCCGCGGCCACAUCCCAGGACCCCGAGCAGCACCUGACGGAGCUGAGGGAGCCCGCGCCCGGAGCCAGCCAGCGCCAGCCCAGCAAAAAAGCCUCCAAGGGCAAGGGGCUCCGGGGCAGCGCCAAGAUCUGGUCUAAGUCCAACUAAAAGGGGCCGCCCCAGCUCCGGGCAGAGCGUGUGGACGCUGAGCCCCCAUGCCUCCCCGGGGCUGGGCCGGGGGGACCCGGGGAGGCCCCCUUUGUGUGUCAUCUCCCACCGCCCCCUUCCCCACCCGCUCUGUGGCUCCCCCCGACCCUCCUUGGCUCUUCUUGUGCCCCGUCGGUGCCUCCGGGGCGGGAUCUACGUGUGUGUGUGUGUGUGUGUGUGUGUGUGUGUGUGAGCCUGCCCCUCGGCCCGAGAGGUCCCAGGUGCCCGUGCGCGUACCCUGUACACGUGUGGAUACGGGCCGAGUUCUGCCUCUGGGAGUCCGCGUCCACCGGUCUGCCUGGGAGGGGGCAAGAGCAGGUCUGGCCCUCUCCCGGCCCCUCCACCCUGGGGUAGAUAUCUAAGAGCCAUAGACCCGGCCCCCCACGGAGGGCUGGGGGUCGGAGUCCCAAGCUGCCCUGCUACCCCCGCCGCAGAGGAUGGAUGGGAGAGGGGCCGGGGGGCAAGCCGGCCGAAUGUAUUUUUCCCUCGGAUUGAGUUGCAAAUUGUAUAAAAAAGUAUAUAGAGAACUAUAUAACAACACAGAAAUAAAUCUAUGAGAUCUAUCUA